UCACGUGGCGCGCCAAAGCGGUUCGGCAGUGAACGAGCGAUGGCGGCGCGGGUGGCCCUGUGGUGUUCGGCGACUGCGGCGCUGCUGGUGGCGGCGAUGCUGGUGCCGGGCCCCGGGCUCGGACCGGCCACGGCGAGGGCCGACGGCUCGGUGCGGCAGAUGCGCACGCACCUGUUCGCGGGGCCCGUGCUCAAGAUCGAGUACUGCGUCUCCUGAGGGUACCGGCGGGUGUUCGAGGAGUACUCCCGCGUCAUCGCCGAGAGAUUCCCGGACAUCCGCGUGGAGGGCGAUAACUACCUCCCACAGCCCCUGUACAGGUACAUCGCCUCUUUCUUCUCCGUCUUCAAGCUGGUGCUCAUCGGCCUCGUGCUGAGUGGGAAGAACCUCUUCCCCAUGCUCGGAGUGGACACCCCCGGCGUGUGGACGUGGAGUCAGGAGAACAAGCUCUACGCCUGCCUCAUGAUCUUCUUUGUGAGCAACAUGGUGGAGACGCAGUGCAUGUCCACAGGCGCCUUCGAGGUCUCCCUCAACGACGUGCCCGUGUGGUCUAAGCUGCAGUCGGGCCGAGUGCCGAGCCCCCAGGAGAUCCUUCAGAUCCUGGACAACCAUGUGAAGCUGAGCGUCGGCUCCGCGGGCCGCAUGCAGCCCUCGUAGCGACUCGCGCGGCGACAGCAGUGGCGGCAGCAGCAGCGGCGUCCUCAACACAAGACGCGGUCUGCGGACGGACAGAAGGGUUCCGCGUGGGUCAAUGACGGGCCGCUCUGAAUCCUGGCCUCGCCUGGAGGAGCGGACCCUGACAGAAACGUUCCCACGCGGCUCUCCCCUCCGCCGCAAGGUCGCCGUCUCCGUGCCACGGACGGCUGCUGCUCCCCCCCCCUCACCCCCGAUGCCCGGUGGCGAUGGCGGGCGGUUCGUUGACGCGAGCUCUGGGCCUCGCGUGUGACGGUGGCAGUGUGGCCGUAGCACGAGGCCGGACGGAUGAAGCGCUCCCGGCAAACGUAGCUGCUCUCUUUCGCAGUUCAUUACUGCCUUGACUCACUCCCUCCAAUUUAAACUCCCCGCCACCCUCCCUCAACCCCCACUGUAGAUUACCUCAGAAAAUGGCGAAACUCCCGUCCCUACCGUGAUUGUUCCGCGUCCGUAUGCAGACGUAGGGCGUGCGUGAGGGGGUCGUGGCUCCACUCACCCACCUCUCCCCGUCGCUCCUCGUGAGAGACGGGGGGGGGCGUGGGGGGGUGGUUCACGCCACCACCAUCACGCAGCAUCCUGAAGGAACGGCUUUGCCUGAGCCGACACGCGCACACAUGUGGGCGCUGGUGCCCUUGAUUAACCCGGGCACGUGCCCCCCCCUCCCCACCUUUUAAUCAUGAAUUGUGACCUCCUUAAUUAUUGUGACCCCUUAAUUAACUUAAUCUUAGCUAGAAGUCCAUUAUUGCAUGGGGGUCGGCUGCUCGGAAGUUAUGAUUAUUAUUUAAUAACUGCACAGUUCCCUGUUGUUGAUAAAGCGACGGGUAAACUAAUUGAGGGUUUUCUGUUCUUCAUACCGGGAUUAGUCUUUGAGCGCUCGAAAAGUGGGACGCGAGUCAGUUAGCGACGACAACUUCCUUGACCUCGCCCUUCCUGCAUGACCUCGCGGCCGCGCUCGCUUCGCCCGAACGAGCGUCCGCUACGAACCGGGAAGUGCGGAGAGGGCGGCACCGCCACGCGGCCAGCAACGAGCCGGCAACGCGGCACCGAGAAAACGUCGCCACCACUUUACCUGUCGCUCCCCCCAUGAACGUGGGGGGGAGCGGGGGUCGGGAGCGGGGGUCGGGAGCGAGCCUCGUAGGCGACAUGGCGGACUUGCUGUACCACCCAGCCCCACCACCCCCCACCACCCUUACCCCCCCCCGCCCUCCGCCAUGGAGGACCAUCGCGCCCCGAUGAAAACAGAAUUCCAGCCACCACUGCGGACUAGCGCGUUCAAUUGCUAGGGCGUCUCUGAGCCCGCUAUACUUGUGAUUUAUAUUUUAAUAACCGUCUCGUAAUUUGUCGUCAUCAGCGUGUAGGGAGGGGGCAGCCCUGGCGAUCCGCUCGCGGUUCCUGUUCGGGUCCGUGCGGGCUGGUCGCGAUUCACCCACCACCUUAGUCCGCGGGCCAUUGAGGUCCGUACAACGCGAGGUAGUUGUGUGUAUGGCUACUUAAAGUGCAUCAUGUAAUCAAACGCUUAUUAAACAAGGUUAUUGUAUGCUUCACUUUUAUUGGUGAUUGAAAAUUUAAUUUUGGGUUAGGCCACCUCAUGAUUUUACCAAAUUUGUGUCGUUAAGACCCUCCCUAGUCAAAAAUUUUAAAAAAUCCGGAAGUCAUUCUGAUUUUAGAUUUGAAGCUUUCGUGACUGCAAGGAUUCAUAAUCUUUGUUUUUUUCGGUAAAGUCACAUAGGUAAAAAAUAAAAUAGAUGAAAACAACUAAAUUAAGUCACGACGUUUUGGGCGCAACACAAGCGUCCUUCAUUAUUCUGACUUGCUGUAUUUUUAUUUGGACUGCCUCGGAUCUUGUCCUGAUGAUCUAUGCCGUAGUUUCAAAUGAUAUGUCGCACAAUCUUAUCGCUCAAUCUGCUACCGAGAAUCUUACUUUAUCCCAGCGACGAGCGAGCUGAAAAACGCGCAAUCGGCGCAUCGUUACAACGCUUGCGCACCGCGGGAUGAGUAUUUUGGUUGGAUCGGGUGGGGUGGAGGGUUGUUGACUAAUUAUGUCAGAUCAUUAAUACGUGGCCUAAACCAAAAAUAAAUUAUGAAUCGUAAUAUCAGCCGUUUACGAGUUAAAGAUCUCGGUAAAACUCAAAAUUUCCCGUCCCAGAUGGUACCAGCAAGGAAGAUAUUUGGUGUGGGCCAAGGGAUUUGUUCACUGAUACAAGCUAAUGGUUGCGGUUUGAUUGCAAGAAUCGAUACAUUUUCCUCCACUAUUUGGUGAAUGUCACGACCCGCGCACCCAUUGCAUACAAACUUCAACAAAUUGAUUCCUCGUAUAAACUCUUCCCACGCCUACGAUUCGACACGUGUAUCGUGAACGCAGAAGAUCGAUUUAAACCGGUGAAUCGAUGCGUCGUUACGUGGCUAACGGUGCGGCGGGCUCCUCUAUAACCCCCUUGGCGGAUCGCCGGAUUCCUGUUGCGUCUCCCUCAAUGUGCGUGUGUGUGUGUGUGCAGUCCGUGUUGUAUUUAUGUAAUGUGGGUCUCCCCCUAUGUGAGUUGUGCGGUAGUUCCCGCACGUGUGAUACUACUAAUACUACUACGUAGGUUUACGCGGUUGUGCUGUCUAGCUCUGACGGCGUUUGCACAACGUGACGAAGCUAAAUAAUCAACACGGGCUCGCUCUCCGGCGUCGAACACCAGCAGCAGCGGCCGGCGAUGCUGAUUUAAUCGAGCGCGAUCGUGUAGCCGCCUUCGUUGGGUUCCUGACGGAAGCUACCAACCGACGUGGGGUGAAACUGUUGGAACGCUGCACCGAACGGCACGCGGUACGACCCGAUAAAGCGUCGCCGGAGAUGUAACGGCCGUGCGAUUGUUGCCGGGGCUGGUUGACGGCGCGUGGAGCGAGUGGGACGAGGCGAGCUUUGCCGGCCCCGGUAAGGGGGGGCCCGCGGUGAGCGAGGCUGUUUGUACCACGGGAAGUUAAUAAAUCGUGCUGCUCCCUAG